AUGGCCAACACGUACGCCCAAGCGGCGCAGCUCCACGUCCCGCACCCGCAGCAGGUCCAUGUACCGGCGCCGCCGAUGGCCGAGAAGACCAAGGUCGGCCGCAAGCGCCACAACAUCUGGGAGUACUUCCAGGAGGACGGCUCGACCAACCCGAAGCGCACGCGCUGCAAGUGCAAGUACUGCGGCCACAGCUUCUUCUCCGACUGCACGCGAAUGAAGAAGCACAUCAUCAGCUGCACCAACUGCCCAGAUGCGGUGCGCCAAGAGGUCAAUGAAGAGUUUCUGCAGCUUGAGCCCGCGGACCCGUCGGCGGGCCGGCUCAAGCGGUCGAUUGCGAUGGCCGACCUCCCGCCGCUCAAUAGCUACGAAGCCGCAACGGCGCCGCCGGGUGCACCCGUGUACUCGUCCAAGGCCGAAGCGAACGCGCAGCCUGCGUCCAAGAAGCUCAAGGUCACGACGCCGACGCUGCUGCAAAAGACGAUGGGCGAGGCGGUCUGGGACUGCUUCCUCCACAUUGUCAACGACCCGACCACCGAGGAUCGGCUGGGCAUGCAGGGUGUCAAGAAGAUGGUGUCGAUCUUCAAGCAAGAGGUCCACCGCGAGUCGCUCCGCGCGCUGCUUCUGCUCGCGUGCCCACAGCCCGACAAGCUGCCGUCCAUCUCGACCAACCGCCCGAACGGGGCCAAGUUUAUCGACGCGUACAUUCGGCAGCUGCAAUUUGGCCUCUUUGAGACGCUGUCGGGCCCACAAGAAACAGUCUAG